AUGUAUACAUCUUCCAAACCAGAUGCUGAAAUGUCGUCUACUGUUGCAACGACAACAUCCCCGUCCGUAGCAACUGAUGUAAAACAUGAUGUUUCGUCUACUGUUGCAACUACAACGCCGACAGGAGCAACUGAUGUAAAUAAUGAUGCUUCGUCUACGACUCCCAACACACCAGAUGAUGAUAUGCCGUCUACUGUUGCAACAACAACAUCCCUGACAGUAGCAACUGAUUUCAAACAUGAUGCUUCGUCUACGGCUACUAACCAACCAGAAGUUGAUGUUUCGUCUACUGUUCCAAAUACGAUAUUCACAACCGAACCUGCUGAUGUGACGUCUUCUGGUCUAUCUACAUCCAACUGGAAAGAACAAACUGCUGUUUUAUCAACAUUGUCAACAACCACUACUCUGUUUCCUUCUGCAGUCGUGAAUGACAACUGCAGUAAAUGUUGCUUCAAGUCAAUCAAGACACGAAAUCUCGACCAAGAAGAACGUGAUGAGAUCAAACAUGCGUUGAAGGUUCAGCUGGCUGUGAACAAAACCAACCUGUCUAUUCAGAAGCGUAAAUUCAUCAGUGUGUAUGACUCCCGGCCUAGCAGUGUAGCUAUGGGGUGUCUAGCUUGUGUCGUUUUGGCCGCAGUUGUCGGGGUGAUCGUUGUACCGGACGCCAUCACUCUCGGGGGAUUCGUGUACAAAUGGUUUUAG